AGUAGGAGAGCGCGGACGCCUGUGGACAGUGUGAAGUGGAGAAGCUGAAAAAAGAUUUGAAAUCUACUAUCCACUCUCAGAAAAAUAAUGAAGUUCGUCUCAAUAGAAGUCUGGAAGAAGUAGAAAAAUAUAAAACAGCUCUAAAAAACGCGAAAUUGGAAGAAAAGGAACGAAUGAAUUACAAUAAGAAAAAGACUGAAGAGUUUAUUGCUACAAUUCAAAAGCUUGAAAAACAGAAGGUGGAACUGAUAAAUGCAUUUAAGAAACAGUUGCAGCUUAUAGAAAAUCUCAGAAGACAGAAAGCUCAUCUGGAGGCCAGCCAUCUCAUUCAAUUUACAGAGGACGAAUUCCUUCAGCUGUUGGAUUGGAAUCCGGAAAAAAAAGAAAAGAAAUCUCAGAAUAAUACAGAUGCAAAUCUCUAAUUUAAAUAUAAGAAUGUGAAAUGUAUAUGAUUAUUUAUUUCUGGAUGUAAGUGUGAAGUUAAGUUAUUCUUGGAGAUUACAGAUAUAGACAUAUGAACAUCAUACUGUUAGACAUACAAACUAUCUAGAUUAUUCCACUAGUGAAAUUAAAAACAAUAGUGUUUAACUAUGCAUAUAAAAUGCCCCAAUCAGGGCGAUGUAUCUAAAAAAAAUUAUCUCUUUCUAUCGAAUUUCUCUUACAUUCCCUCCCUAUUGCCCAAUAAUAAGCUGCGCUUCAUCGAUUUUAGGAGGCGGUAUGUAUCGAUCGCUGUGUUGAUGUGCAAUAAACCUUGUACGAAUAACAUAACCUCUUUGAUUUGAACAUGAUUUCAGUUAUUUUCACUAUUUGGCGUAUUCUGGAACUCUGUUGGACGUAAUUUCAUUAGUGGAAUAUUCCUAUAACUUUCAUUUUUAAACAAACAAUGGAACAUUAUUUUGCGAAACAAAUUAUUAUAGGUAAUAGAAAGAAUGCUUUAGAAAUUCUUAGAUAAAUUCCCUUCUGCGUCGCGAGUCAGGGAUUUAUUGAAAAUUUCCCAAGCAUUCUUACUGUUACCUAUGAUAAUUUGUUCCAUAGUUCAUUUAAAAAUGUUCCAUAGUUCAUUUACAAAUGAAAUCGGUCAGUGACAAUGAAUUUAGUGAACGGAAAUCCUUGUAUGUACAACCUAAUUCUAACAAUAACAUGUGCCAAGUUUUCU